AUGUCGACCAUGGUGACACAUCCCGUCCCUCCUCCCGAUACAAGCAAAACUCCUCGCACCCACUCUCCACGGAAGCCGGAGUGGAUUCGACGAUCCGACUCUUCAACUGAUGUAGAUACGCCUCCCUCGCCGUCCCAUCCUUCAACUGGUACGAUCCACGGUAUCAGACGGAUUGCCUCCGAUUCGAACUCAUGGACUAAGAAGUUUCAUGUAACAUUGGGGAAGAUGGAGAGCCACGAGGGGAAAGACCAAGACACGGGGAGUACAGGACAACAUCGGUAUACUGGAGGGGCCCAAGAGAAAGAGACCGCUUCGGAAGAAAAUGGGCAACAUACAGUGGUUGAGAGAGGCGAUGCCAUGCGUGCUGUCCUGAAGGGCCCUCGCACAGAGCGGAGUGUCAGUCGUGGCAGGGCACAUGUGGACAAAAGUAUAGAAGCUACAGUGAAGAACCCCGAAGUUGGAGGUACAGCACGUAGCAGGAAGGCUAGUCAUAUGAUGGGUAUUUUCGAUCCACGAAACGGCCCGGAUUCUCAAGGAUUGAACGUCGGUGACCAGUUCAGUCACAUUAGUGGCAGCAGGGAGCCCUCGAAGUCGUCUUCACGACCAACAAGCCCGGCUACUCAAGAUGCUAAAUUUUCAUGGAGUGCUCGUCGGCCUUCGAGAGAACGCAUUGACCCUGUUGUCACCACUUCCCAAGAUGCCACAGGCCUUGGGAGUUUACGCAGUUCACAGGCCACUUCUCCACUCAGACCUGACCUCGAUCCUUAUUUCCGUCAACAGGAUCUUGCAGAGAAACCAGACGUGAAGGGGAGAGUAUCUGAUGAUGGCAAGGAAAUCUAUCAGGCGACAGUACGUGAUGCGACUCCUGGGGAGGUCACCGAAGAGGAGAGAGAAGAGGACCAGCACCCUUCUGAAGAGGAGCAUAUAUCGGCAGCUGUCUACUACCCACAUCCAGGUCCGUCGCCUGAAGAGAUCGAACGCUUCACCUCCCCAGGAGAGGUUGCCUCACCAAAUCUGAACAACAAUCGACAACUACCGAGACCGACGGACGAGAUUGUCCUCUCAACCGACAACAAAACAAACGAAGCGUUGGGAGGCACGGAGCACAUUGACAUAUCAGUCGUCUCGCAGAAUGAGAAGAGAAUGUUUCAUGGUAAUUAUCGCCCUUUGGACGAAGGCACCGGGGACUAUCAUGUGCCAGCACUAUCCCCGCUUGAAGAAGCUCCCUCAACUGCAAUCGUCAGUACUUCGGAGUCGGAGAUUGAAUCUAGUGAUGAUAUCAGCCGGCAGAGUCAAACAGAUGAUAUGUCAACCACGCCAACGCAACGAAGCACACUAUCUCGGCGACCAACCGAGGUUCAGGGUCCGCCUAGGACCAAGGGAAAGGUUGUACUUGAACCUUAUAAGCAUCAAGUGGGAGGGCACUCGACCAUAUUUCGCUUUUCUCGUCGCGCCGUCUGCAAACAGCUGAACAAUCGGGAGAAUGAAUUUUACGAACGAAUCGAGCAAAGGCAUCCGGACAUGCUCAAAUUCCUUCCCAGAUACAUUGGCGUACUGAAUGUAACUUUCUCGAAGAUUCCAAAACAAGCACAGAACUCGGAGGCAAAGCCUGAUGGUAACUCGAGGACUGAAAAUCCUGGUCAAGAAGACCGUUCCAGAGAGAUAGAAGGCACGUCCGACAUCGGCUCGAGGUCCAUUAUUUCCUCGUCUGGAGACCAACCACGAAUUGUCAGCCACUCGAUGCAACAAAUCGGCAGUAUUCCUGAGGUUAUCCUAGAACAGAACAAACAUAUUAUCCCCUCCAAUUACUUCGCUUUGCCAGAGCGGCCCAAAAGUGCGGACCCCAAUCACGGGCGCCGGCGAAGCAAGGAUUUCGAUCUUCCAGAUACCUCCGCACAAGAGUUUUCAGAGGCAGAGAAAUCGCCAAACAGACCAUCAAUGCCUGAACAUUCGAACAGUUGGGGCCAUACUACUGUCAACGAGGGCUUGAAGGAUAAAAUUCUACGCGAAGUAUUCGGUCCUCCUCCCGUCCAGUAUAUCCGUCGUCAUAUGCCCUCACACAGCUCUGUUCCGCGAUUCAAAGGUCAUCACGUCCCUCGGCGGAGGAGUAACCUGUCUACAAAUUCGUUCCCCCAUGCAGAUGCAAAAGAUUUUGGUCCGUCAAAGGUUCACCAUGAAACACCGAUGCCGCAUAACAAGACACCGGAUAUACCUGCACCCAGUGAAGCACGCUCACAGACCAAUGACGGUGCUAGUGUGUAUUCCUCAUCUGCCUCUGCCUUUGAUGAUCUCAAAUACAACCUCGAACAAGUUAAAACUGAUGGAAGUGAGGUGUCCACCUCCUCCCUUGCAGAAAACAGACAACAUGUGAAAAGGCGUCAUUCUGGAAUGGGUCUGCGACGUCGACGCCAAUCGGUGAAUGAGAAACAGAGUCCUGGGUUGGAGUAUUUUGAAGACGAGGCCUAUACAACCGAUUUUGGUCCUGACACCGGAGGCGAUGUUUUCGCCAUGGACCAGGAGAAGACACGGGAUACUCAGAAGCACCGCCCAAGUCAUUCGACAGUCAACGGCGUGAGCCAGUCUCAAGCGGGGGACGUCAGCAUGUCUAAUCCUCACUCAAACAGUACUGGCAGACCCAGAGAGUCAGCUACGAAGAGCUUGAUCCCGUCCAAUCCAAAAGAGGCCCAGAAAACUUACAAUGCUUCCGGCGAUCGAGUUGUAUACUUCAUCCUGCUGGAAGAUCUUACCAGUGGUAUGGGACGGCCCUGUGUACUUGAUCUCAAAAUGGGAACACGGCAAUUUGGGGUUGAAGCCACCAAAAAGAAGAUGGAGUCUCAGCGCCGCAAGUGCAAGUCGACAACCUCUCAGCAACUGGGUGUCAGAAUAUGCGGCAUGCAAACAUUUAAUGCCAAGACCCAAAAAGUAUCGUACGAGGACAAAUACUAUGGGCGUGACCUGAAGGCUGGGCGAGAGUUCAGGGACGCGCUCACGAGGUUUUUGUAUGAUGGUGUCAGCUAUGACAGUGUCGCACGGCAUAUCCCCACCAUUCUUCACAAACUCUCCAAGCUCGAGAGCAUGGUGCGAAGAUUGCCAGGAUACAGAUUCUACGCGAGUUCGCUGCUCAUGCUAUAUGAUGCCGAGCCCUACAAGUCUCGAGAAGCUGAAGAGGCGGCAAGGGCCGGCAUCGAUAUCGCGGCGCAAAAGAAAAAGGAGGGCAAAAAGUGGCCGCCGCCUAUUGAUAUCAAGAUUGUGGAUUUUGCAAACUGUAUCACCGGCGAGGAUGAACUUCCCCCCAACGCUCAAGCGCCGCCUGCCCAUCCGAAUGAUAUUGACCGAGGCUACCUGCGCGGGUUAAGGACUUUGAAGGCCUACUUCGAACGCAUUCUGGCCGACAUCAAAAACAACGAAAAGAAGGAGAUAAGUGGAAGGGAGGAAUUAACCACCGACAAUGAAGGCGCCGGCCACGUGUCACAUGGCGGGAACGAUACGCCAGAGGAAGAAGGUGAAGUCAGCGUAUAA